AUGGCACCAUCCACCCCUGCCAACCUCAGUGCCACAUUAUUUACCCUGCGUGGCUUCCCAGGGCUGGAGAUGUUUCACCACUGGAUUGGCAUCCCCAUCUUUUCCGCCUACCUGUUUGCUGUACUGGGCAACUGCACCAUUCUGUACAUCAUACGGACGGAGCCGAGCCUGCACCAGCCCAUGUACUAUUUCCUGGCCAUGCUGGCUACCACCGACCUGGGCCUCUGCCUCACCACCGUGCCCACCGUGAUGGGUGUCCUCUGGUUCCAGCUGAGGAAGAUCACCAAACAUACCUGCAUCGUUCAAAUUUUCAUCAUCCACUCCUUCUCCUUCAUGGAGUCAGCGGUGCUCUUUGCCAUGGCAUUGGACCGUUUCCUGGCCAUCUGCCACCCCCUGAGGUACACCGUUCUCCUGACCACAAGCAGAGUGGUCGGAAUCGGCCUGGCCCUGCUGCUCAGAAGCACCCUGCUCCUGGUGGCCCCCGCAACGUUCCUUCAUUUCUUCCCCUAUUGUCCAGAUGCGACUCUUUCCCAUUCCUACUGCCUGCACCAGGAUGUGAUCCGCCUAGCAUGUACUAACACAGCCUUCAACAGUUUCUAUGGCCUCACCCUCAUCCUCCUUACCAUGGGCUGUGAUCUCCUCUUCAUCCUCGUCUCCUACAGCCUGAUCUUGAAGGCAGUCCUGGGCAUGAGUGCUGGGAAUGAAGGCCACCAGAAGGCCCUGGGCACCUGCAUCUCCCACAUCUGUGCCGUCCUGGCCUUCUACGUCCCAGUGCUCGGGCUCUCCAUUGUGCACCGGUUUGGCCAGCAUGCCUCUCCCCUUCUCCAUGUCAUUAUGGGCAACAUCUACAUCCUCCUCCCACCCCUGAUGAACCCCGUCAUCUACAGCAUCAAAACAAAGCAGAUCUACACCCGGAUCCUCAGAAUAAUCUCUCUUAAGAGAGUCUGA